AUGGAAAUACGAAGAGUUGAAGAGCAUAUAAUUAUCAACAAGAAAAAACCGAAAUAUAAGAUCCGUGCAAAGAGAGAAAAUAGUGGAGUAAAGAAUAGGGUAAAAUCUUCGGUUGUAUCUCCCAAGGAAUCUAAAGAUGAUCUCACACCCAAUAGAAUGCUAUCUGAUGAGUUUGUGUACAAUCGACCUUCAUUUUCAGGACCCACAGCACACAAAUGAGAGAUCACCAAGGGAGAGUUUGUUAAACUCAAAGAUCAACUAGACAUAGUAUCAGAGAAACUAAAUGAAAUCGACGUUAAAACGAUUAACAGUAAAGCAAGCCAAAAUGAUAUGGAAAGCAUCGCCAUCCGUCUUAAAAGAUAUUUUCAAAAAGAAAUGGAAAAUUUAAGGGAUCAGAAUGUAAUUUUUCACAACCAAAUCAACAAGAAGGUUGAAUCCCAGAUGAUCGAGAAGACAGAUUUUUAUAACGAAAUAGCUGAUUUUAUCAGAUUUGAUGACAUUAAUGUUAUUCAGGAUAGAAUCCAUAUGAUAGAGCAGCAGAUACAGAACAAGAGCGUUUCUAUUUCAGAGUCUGGGUCUUCAGAAGAAGAAUCAUCAGAAGAGGAAGAUGAAGAAUUAGAUGAAGUUGAUGAUUUCUUACCAAAUGAAGGUCCAUUAGAUAACCAAGAAGCUGAAGAAGGGGAAGAUCUUUCUCCAACACAUAAAAUCUCAAAAGAAGAUGAAAUUGAGCAGAAAAAUGACAGUGAUGCUCCAUAUAACAAGAGUAUUGUUGCUAAAAUGGUUAAUAUGGAUAAUGAGCAAAACUCAAACUCUUCUCUAGUGAAGCCAACAAUAGUUAAGACUCUUAAAAUUGAUAAACUCAUUUUAAAUAAUACAGAGGGAAGCUUAUCAAGAAAUAACUCAGCUAGAGACAUUAAUCCGACUAGAGAGAAUAGUUCUGUGAAGAACAAAUAAAAAUUAUGAAAAUUUUAGCUCUUCUACUAAGCUUCAUAAGCUAGAUUGUGCUAUGUAUGAUCACACAGGAAGCAAAGAAGGCUGCUCCAACAAUUCUCCUACUUCGAAUAAAUUCAACAAAACUGGAAAUGACUUUAAUAUAAAAAUUGAUACUGCAAUUGCCAAGCCAAAGAAAGAGAAAAACUUUUCAGUUAAGAAGUUUUCAGCGACCAAAAUGGGAACUUAUAUGAGCCGUGAUAUUUCCAAUUCUAGUAUUAUGACAAGGUCUAAGAAAAGCACCAGAUCAAAACUCAAAAAUAGAAUGGGCACUGGACUUUCAGCACCAGACAGAUUUUACAACCAGAGAGUUUAUCAAAUAAGUGAGCAAUUAGAAGCUAAAAUCAAAGGGGUUAUCGAACGGCAUGAGGAGCUACAAACGAAGGUGGUGCUCAAUGAAGAAACUCUGAAUAAUCAUACAAAUAAAUUCUCAACAAUAGAUGGAAUAAUGGAAGUCCUUCAAAAGAAAAUUGGAUACUUCGAAACAAAAGGAUUCUUACAUUUUAAAUAAAUACUAUAUGGGUCCUCUUCAUGACUUAGAAAGCUUAAGGAAAAAAUAUAUGAAAAGAAUGGAUGAGAUAGAAGCAGACUUUAAAUCCUUCGGAAGAGCUAUCCAGUCAUUCAAGUCUAAAAUUUCUAAAAUCUCAACUGCCGCUACCAUCCCUAUACCUCCUACUACAUCUGAACCGAUUGGGAGUAAUGUGCAGAAAGAGAGGACCCUGACUGAUACCCAGAUACAUCAGGGGUUUAUAAAGUGAGAGAACGAGAUUGAUAAGGUUGUGGGCAGCUUUGAAAAGAAGACUAGACAGUUACGAGAAGAAAUAGAGAAGUUGAAAGAUCCUCUUGAAAAUGUAUUUCAAGAUCUAGUCAAGGAAAAGGAAUGUAUGGGAAGGCAAAUGGAUAGGUACCAUAAGAAAUACAGAGAAAUUGAAGAUGCAAAAGAUGAUUUCAUGCACAAGACAACUGGGUUUUUGAACUAUGAGAUAGGAAAAGAAGAUUUUAGAAAUAGAAGUGAUAAUUUUAGAUCAAUUCAAGGUAGAGCUAUCAAAGAACUCAGAGUUCCAAGGUUUAAAAGAAAUGUUAACAGGCCAGGUUCUCUUGGAAUGGUCACUGAAAAUCAUUCUUUGAAAAGAUACGAUAUCCAAACAAUGAAGAAAUUUGUGAAUAAGUAUUAA